GUGAUCACAGAGGUCGCCCAGGUGAUGAUGCAACACAGCGCUGCCAACAAUCUCAGGGACGAAGAAGAAGAGUUCCUGCGACAAAUGCUAGAAGAGGAGGAAAGGCGUGACACUGUGUACUAUGAUCAGUAUAUUGAGCAGAAAUCAAGAAAUAAUACAACCUCCGACUUGACUGCCAGUAUGCAAAAGAUGGGCAUGAAAGAGGAUGUAGUUGCUAAUAGCAACUUAAAUCCAUAUGCUGCAGAGUUUGUCCCUGGACAAGCUGUCACUAGUCCAGCGAAUGCGCCCAGUCUCGUUCAUAAAAAAAAUACAGAGAAGAGCUCUUAGAAAUUGGAAGAUCUUUCCUCUUUGGUCUUGAAAACUCGGCAGCAGAUAGCUUAUGAUAUUAUUUUCGAAAAUAUUAUUCAGUGUACAGGAGAUUUAUACAAAUUGUAUCAGUGCUAAAGAAGGAGAACUAUGUUUUGAUUAUAGUUUAAUUUUUUUUCUUUGUCUUUUCAGUCUUUCUUCUUUUUUUUUAAAGGCUAAUGUAAUAAAAUACUUUUUAAAAAUAUCAGUAAUAUAUGAAUGAUUUUCAAAUAAAUCCUCAGGAUUUUUU